AUGGCACAGUGGUGGCAGAUCCUCCUGGGGUUGUGGACAGUCCUGCCCACCUCGGUGGGGGACAGGCUGCUCAACAUCUGCAUGAAUUCCAAGCGCCACAAGCAAGAGCCUGGCCCCGAAGGCGAGCUCUACCUAGAGUGCAUGCCUUGGAAGGACAACGCCUGCUGCACGCCCGCCACGAGCUGGGAAGCCCACCAUGAUGAGGCCUUGCUCUUUAACUUCAGCGUGACGCACUGUGGACUGCUGACUCCCGGCUGCCGUAAGCACUUCAUCCAGGCCAUCUGCUUCCACGAGUGUUCCCCCAACCUGGGGCCUUGGAUCCAGCCGGUGGUCCCAAACAGGCAGGAAGAGCAGCGGGUCUGGGGCGCACCGCUGUGCCGGGAGGAUUGUGAGGAAUGGUGGGAAGCCUGCCGCUCAUCCAGCACUUGUAAAUCCGACUGGAGUCAGGGGAAGAACCGCUGUCCAGCACAUGCGCCCUGUCUCCCUUUCUCCUAUUACUUCCCCACCCCUAAUGACCUGUGUGAGAAGAUCUGGAACAACACAUUCAAGGCCAGUCCUGAGCGCAGGAAUAGUGGGCGCUGUCUGCAGAAGUGGUUUGAGCCCACCCGCGACAACCCCAACGUGGAAGUGGCCCUCCACUUUGCCAGCUCUGCCUUAGCCCCACAACUCCCUUACACCCUCACAGCCUUCUCUCUGUGCCUGUUGCUCCAUUCCUGAGCCCCUCCCGCUCCUACCCACAUUUCCGGAUCCUUCCGGGCCAUGGCUAUCUCCUUCCUCAGGCUAUUCAUGCUGGGGACAGGCUGGCGCCUGAAUUUCCCAUGCCUCCCAGGGUCCUCUGCACUGCUUGGCUCCACCACCACUGGUCUGGGUGGCAGCUGGAACCCAACUGUCCACAGUGCCUCACUUCUCCUGCCUUUAGGAAUGGGCACUAUUAUAGGACUCGGGCACUUCUUCUGUCCACAGCCAUCUCUUCUGUGACAGAGACAAUGUUGACAGCCAAGCAACCUGUCCUAUUGUGGUACCGUCAAUAAAUGGCUAGGAAACUC